UAUUUCCUGCACUAAGCCAGGAAGACUUCGGGCUGAAAUGGCCGAAUAACAAUUCAAAUGGCUUUAACAGACGCGUUUUAAAUCCUAGUCAAUUCUUCGCCGUCUGUUUUUUUCUAGUAUGAUUUCUUCUUCUUUCUUAUCGUGCAUUCUCCAAUGUGCUUGCUGCCUCAAACCUUGAUGCGCUGCGUUGUUUUUCUUGCACCGAAAUCUAACGGGGUUUUAUCUGGCUGCACUAAGCUGCUGCUGAUAUGCCAUAGGUAACAACUCCCAAGAGAGGAGUGCUGGGAAAGGGAACAGUGUUUCAUGGAAGACCUCAAAAGUACAAGAGAAGAACAAAGUCGUCAGGAGGUUUCUCACACGGACACUGAACAGACAUUUAAAGAACUGACCUCUCCUCCACUGCCCCAGUCCCCUACCCCCCUCAACUGUUUAUCUCAACGCUCCAGUUCCUCUUCAGUCUCGGCCCCCUGUCCUGGUCCUGGGGGUCCUGCAGCACCCCUUGUGGGUGGGAACAAUGCAAAGCGGAACACUGUGGCCAACGGACAGCCCCCCUCCGGAGCAUCUGCGCGGUUCAUGCCACGUGAAGUCCCCCCUCGCUUCCGUAACCAGCAGGAGCCCAAGGUUUUGCUGAAGAGGGGUCAGCCACUAGUGGGUGGGGUCACAGGGGAUGCUUCAUCACCCCUCCAGACGGGGGAGCUAUUAAAUGCAAAUACAGUGCACUGCUCAGAUCCUGACGUAGAUCCUGCUUCUCCUCUCUCGUCUCUGUCCUCUGCCACUUCGACUUAUGCAAAUUCCACAUGGGGGCCGGGCUCAGGAGCCCUGCCCCUCUCUCAGGGAAUGGAUAAGGCUGUAGUAGUGGACGGCUCUGAUUUGGAGGCGUGGCCCAAGAUUGCAGAAGGCAGAAGACAAGAAGAGCCUUUAGCCCAGAGCAGCAGUGCCUCGUGGGGUGUCGGUCAGGGCAUGCAAGACAGCAAACUGGGGCUUAGUGAGUUGGGUGGGUCUCUUACCCCUGGUGAAUAUGCAACAGGCAGCAGGAUGUGGGGGCCAUCUUCUGAGGCUGAUGCAGUAGAUCGGUCCUGUAGUUCUGAAGUGCUGUCCCCUGCUGGAGUGGAGGAGGAACCACAAGGUUCCAGCAGUGAUUUGAGUCUGGGAUGCAGCCCUGCAGACUGGCCUGACAGCAGAGAUGUUGUGACAGCUGACUCAAAGUCAGUACAUACUGCCUCCCACCCUUCCUUAAGUCCAGGCAGUGUGCAGCAGCAAACCCAGGCCCAGGACAGAGUUGGAUGUGGAGACGACAGGCUGGAACCAGAGGGAGGACCAAAACAAGCAAAUGUUGCUGAAGAUUCUGAGGAUGUGGACUGCAUAGGGACAAAUGAGGGGUUGCAGCUUCCUGCCUCCAAGGAAUUAAAGUGUGCAUCUGGAGAGAGCCGGGAGGGUUGGGGAAGUGGUGGUAAUGAUGGAAGCGUCUGUGUGGAAUCUCAGGGAGCAUGGAGUGACGAGGCAGGUGAACUAAACAAGCAGGCAGCUACAGCUUGGCCAGCAGGAGGCACCAGCGGGAAUGCGAAAGAAAGCUUUGCAGGUAGUUUACAAGACUCUCAAAUGCUUGCAACCAACACAAUGGCAUUGGAUAAUCAGAAAGGAGGGGUGGACGAAUGGGAGGGUUCUGAGUGCGAUUCUGCUGGUCAUGAAAGCAGCGAGGAUGCACAGAAGCAGUACAACUCAAACCUCUCCAGAGCUCGAGCCACCCACACUGAAGUGGCCUUACAGAGCAUGCUUAAUCGGAGUGAUCUGGAUCCCAGAGUGCUUUGCAACAGCGGCUGGGGACAAACCCAGAUCAAGCAGAGCGUAGCCUGGGAUCUGAAACCAGACAGUGGGUCAGGCUGGACUGAGCCUGCUAAUGCUAACGCUAACGCAAACAGCUCUAACCUGCUUCAGAGGUCUGGGGCCUCAGAGGGUAAUCAGGUGAGGGGGGGCAAAAGCCAGGGAUGGGGAGGUGAAGGAUGUGGAUGGGGAGAACCAAGAGAGGAAAGACGGGUUGAAAAAGACGGAGAGUGGCAUAGUCGUCCAGAAAAGGGUACUUUACCCAGUGGAUGGGGCGAAGCUGUAGAAGACGAACGAGUGGGGAGGUGGGGUGAUAACAGGAGGGAAAGAAGGGGCUGGGAGCAGGGCAGUGGAAGUGGAGGAGAUUGGGGACAGGGGGACAAUGAGUGGGGUGUGGAGAGGGGGGUUAAGCAAUGCAGUCAGGAUGAGGGGUCAUGGGGCAGUUCUGAGGAAGAGAGGCGGAGAGGGUGGGGAGUGAAGGAAGUGGAUGCUGGAAUUAGACAAAAUCAAGCCUGGGGGGGGGCACACAUACCAAACAACCAAACGGCACUGAAAGGCCCAAAUCAGCAGCAGCCGCAACAAUCUCAGUCCCAGACUACACAAUCGAGAGGCCAGCAGGACUCCAGGGCUCGACCCACAGGGCCUCAGCCUCAGACCCAGAACCAAAGCCCAGGAUGGACGUCCGGCCCCAUCCCUCAAGUGUCUGCUGCAGUGGAGUCCAGCGGCUGGGAGGAGCCCUCGCCCCAGUCUAUCAGCAGGAAGAUGGAAAUAGAUGAUGGCACGGCAGCCUGGGGCGACCCAUCCCACUAUGACAGCAAGAGUGUCAACAUGUGGGACAAGAGCGGCACCCCACAGCAGAGGGGUCAGCCCACCAGACCAGCUACCACCACACCAGCCAGCAGAGACAAAAACACUGCGUGGGAUUGUGGCGGUCCUCCAGAACCAGCUGUAGACAACGGCACAGCAGGCUGGGGGAAGACAUUUGAGGCCCCGUCAGGCUGGAGGGAUUCAGAGGAUUCUGGCAAAGGGGCAGGGUGGGCCAGCUCCCAUACUAAUCCAGUCAAGCCUGGUCCAAAGUCUGUGCAAGAUGGCUGGGGUGAUGAAGGUUCAAAUAGCUCACGCCAUAGCAGCUGGGAGGAGGAUGACGGUGGUCCUGGCAUGUGGGGCAGCAGAGGGUCCCAGGGCAGUUCCUCCUUUACUACUGGAGGCUGGGGCCAAGGCCAGGGGGCUAAGAGAACUGGUGGGAAGGGUCCUCUGAAAGGGAAUAGCGGGGAUUCCUGGACAGGCCCAAUGACUAGGCAGUUUUCGAACAUGGGGAUUGCGGAUGAUGAGGCUGUCAGUGCACCAGACAGGCCCAGAAGAGGGAUGAAUGACUAUAAUGGCGAGAUGAGGAAGGGACGAGGAGCGGGGUUUCGCUCACAGAGCUCCAAAGACAUGGGACCUGGGGAGGCAGGGCCCUAUUUUGAUAAGAUGGGAGGUCACGGUGUGUUUGGUGCUGGUGGUGGGAUUGCUCAGUUAAGAGGAAUGCAGCCUGGUGUUCACCCCAUGAACCCCUCUCCUGGUAUUCGAGCACAAGUGCCUCAUCAGUUCCUGCCACCUCAGGUUUCAGGAUCCAUGCUGAAGCCGAUUGCACCCCCCAGUGGAGGCAUGUUCCCUCCACAGCUCUCCCCUCAGCACAUAGCCAUGCUCAGUGGCAUUCACCCACAGAUGCAGCAGUUUCAGCUGGCAUGUCAGCUGCUCUUGCAGCAGCAACAGCAGCAGCAGCAGCAGCAGCAGCAGCAACAUUUCCUGUCUCAAAGGAAGUUCCCUCCUCCUCUGCGCCAACAACAUGACCCACAGCAGCUGGCCCGAAUCAUGGCUAUCCUUCAGCAGCAGAGACAGCAGCAGGGUGUAGGGGGUGCUAAACUCUCCCCUUCCCACCUCGGAGGUACUGCGCCCAAACAGCCUGAUGGGCCCCUUCUCCACCCGCCAAUGGGAGGGUCUUUGGCUGAUCUGCACCCUAAAACCCCCACUGCCUUCACCGCAGGCUUUGGCUCAGGGGUGGAGCUGGAGUCAGUGAUGGGUGGGUCUAUAGGUGGUCUGAAAGAAGCAGGUGGUGCACAGUCACGCUUUAAAUGGAUGAUGGAGGCUGGACACCCCCUAGCCCCUUCCCCCCCAGAUCCCAUGCUGCACAAGAACGGUCUCAUGCCUGGACCCAUGAAGCUGCGGGGCGACUCCCCAUAUUCUCCGUAUGAUCUGUUGGGGACGGAGAAUCUGGGUAUGGCUCAAGGUCUGACUGACAGCUGGCACAGAACGCCUGGGGGCAAACUGGGCACUACACCUGGCACCCCCACCUGGCCACCAGAGUUCCAGCCAGGUGUGCCUUGGAAGGGCGUUCAGAGCCCCGACCCUGACCCUGACCCUGACCCAUACAUGACCCCCAGCGGCAUGCUGGCAUCACCCGCUCUCAGUGAUACUGACCACCAGCUACUGCAAGACAACACAGAGUCAAACCCCACCCUGAACACCUUACUGCCUUCACCUGGUGCCUGGCCCUACAGUGCCUCGGAGAACCCCCUUACCACACACAACUCGGCUAAAUUCUCGGAGUUCAAGUCCAGCUGGCCCCCUGAGCCAACUGGACACAGCAAGUCAUGGAGGACCAAUCGAAACAGCUCCCACCUGCCACGCCCCCCUCCAGGUCUGACCAAUCAGAAGCAGCCGUCCUCGUCCCCAUGGUCAGGGACAGGGCCUCGAAUGCCAAGAGGGUGGGGCACAGGGGCGCGGAGCCAGGACUCACCUUUUGAAACUGCAUGGAGUGGUGGUUCAUCUGCAGGAAGCUCCUGGCUACUACUGAGCAACCUCACCCCCCAGAUUGAUGGCUCCACUCUGAGGACAAUUUGUCUUCAGCACGGUCCAUUGAUGACCUUUCACCUUGGCCUGACUCAGGGCAGUGCUCUGAUUCGCUACUGCAGCCCACACGAGGCAGCCAAGGCCCAGACUGCACUGCACAUGUGUGUCCUGGGGAACACCACUAUCUUGGCUGAAUUUGUGAGUGAGGAGGAAGUUGCGCGUUACUUUACACAUUCCCAGAGCUCCGGGGUGGCAGGGUCACCUGAAGGUUCGUCUGCCUCUGAGCCGCCCGCACGAGAGGGAGAGAGAGAGAGGGAGCGGAGUGCAGUUGGAGGAGGAGCAGGAGGAGUAGUGGGGGAUGCAGGUGGAGGCGAGGCUGCAGCGCCCUGGCAGGGCCUUGACGUUUCAGGCCCUUUGACGGGCAGCCCAGCCAUGGAAGGACCUGGACUGGCCAUCUUUAGCCAGUGGAGCAGCAGUGGGGCAGAGGGGCAGGGGGGCGGAGUCUGGGGUGGAGUAACCCCUGGUUAUCAUGGCAGCAGUCUUUGGGGUGCUCCUCAGAUGGAGGACAGCCCAUCAGGCCUGUUGCCAGGCGACCUGUUAGGAAGCGGGGCCGACACUCUGUGA